CGGCAAUGAUUACGCUGUCUUUCACUAGUUGGGAAGGCAAUGCGACAAUGCUGCGGACAUGACGUCUUUGAAAACUAUAGAGCGAGUGAGAGAAACAGAACCUAGCUACGGAUGAAACGAGGACUAAGAAGACUGAGUCACACACACACGGCUGAGUGUGGAUUUGGGUUGUUGAAACUCAUGCGUAAAGAAAAAACGCAUUUAAAUAGGGCACACAUUGCGCCCGUCGUUAUGUACAAAAAAAAAAACCCAUUCUUUUUUUUCCCUCUUUUUACUUUCUCUCCCAUUCAAAUGUCUCAGCAAAACCACGGACUGCUCUAUCGACGAUUCACUGCUCAGGCCGAAUCAUCACCGCCUGUUCUUCAUGAUGCUGCUGGCAACGACUUUAAACGACUCCUCGAAAAGGCUCGCAACAAAGACAAUGCAACAGCAGCACCGUCAGCAUCACCCUUACCAUCACCACCCUCAACGACAUCGACCACGGAAGCAGCCACUGCUGCUUCUGCUACUCGUAUCCAGAAGCAACCAGUAGCAUCUCCAAUUCGAGCACACGGGUUCGCCGUAGGUGAGCCAAUUAUCCUUCCACUACCACCCAACUACAAACGACGGGCACCUGGCGUGCUCGACAAGGUCUACGACUGGCUGUUUGAGCACGAGGAUCGAUACUUCAAUACGGAUCGAAACGAGUUAAGCCAGGAUAUAUUCCCGGUAACAGACCAUCGAAAUUCGGUCCAACGGACCGGUCGGAAAAAACUGUAUUCUUCUCCAUGAGAAACAACAAGCAAAACCCCUAACAUGGUUUAGUCCCUGCCUUUUGCCAAUUCUAACAUAAGGACAACAAAUAAUAAACGUCACCUGUACCAUAUCGU